AUGGGGGCACUAAGCAGUCGGAUGAUGUGGCUCAGGCGGGAUCGUGCCCCAGAAGAGCCAGGUGCUGUUAGAGAUGGGCAGGAGGCAGUGGAGAUGGAAGCAGCAGUGGUGCAGGGGGAGGAGGAGGGUGAAGAAGCCCAACUCUCCACCAGUCAGGUAGGCCACAAGCGGAAGACAAGCCCAGGAGGGCUGCUGGCCAAAGCUCCUCGUAGGGAGAGGAUCAAGGACAAGUCCAGGUCCAUUUACCAGGCGCUCUUCCUGAGGGGUGAGGGCAGCGACAUACAGAUCCGUGCAUUGGGGGAGGAGUGGAACUUACACAGGGUCUACCUGUGCCAGGCAGGGUACUUUGCUAGCAUGUUCAGCGGCGCCUGGCGGGAGACACACAUGAAUACCAUAGAGAUACAGAUGCCUGAUGAGAACAUUGAUCGUGAGGCCUUGCAUGAAGUUUUGGGCUCCUUGUACCGCGAUUCCAUGAUCAUCCCUCCCUGUCGAGUUGUUGCCAUCCUGGCCACUGCCAGCAUGCUACAGUUGGACGAGCUAAUUCAACAGUGCAGGGAGAUCAUGAAGGACACUGUCAGUGCCCAGAGUGUGUGCAACUACUACUACUCAGCCGAGAACUAUGGGCUUCAGGACAUCAGAACCAUUUGCCGCCAGUGGCUGUUGGACAACUUGAUGACCCAGCGUAAUGAGGAACUUUUGAUGGAAGUCAGUCUGGAUCUCAUGAGAGAGCUUAUUGCCUCUUCAGAUCUCUUGGUGAUGGAGGUGGAGAUGGACAUAUACACCACACUGAAAAAGUGGACGUUCCUACAGCUGCAGCCCACAUGGAGGGGCACCCGAAGAGCAUUACUGCCCGAUGCCAACUCGUGGUUUGCCAGGCAUAGAGGGGAGUCAGAAGGUGCACCUUUUCUGGAGACUGAGCAGGGCAGAGCCUUCAUUCCAGUGUUCCAGCAGCUGCGGCUAGCCUACAUCAUCUGUGAUCUGCCAUCCGCACACAUUAUUGACCAGGAUGCACUGAUCCCUGCCGCAUGGUUGACCCCGGUAUACAAAGAGCAGUGGCUAGCACUUCUUCGGGCUGAGCAGACAAAGGAGAUUGGGCCUGUGGAUGUCUAUGUGUCUGACCUCCAAGGAAACAGCAUGCGGUGUGGGGGCCAGCUCCAAAGAGAUGAACAAUGCAGCUGGAGGUGGGCAGGCUUUAACUUUGGCUGGGACCUGGUGGUGUGCUACAACAACCGUCGCAUUGUAUUCCGUCGCAGUGCACUGAACAAGUCCUGUGGUCUUGGGGUCAGCUUACUCUGGCAGAGAAAAGUUGCAUUCCGCCUCCGACUUGUCUCUUUGGACAGGAAUGGAAGAGCCAUUUUUAGGAGGGAUACAGAAUAUCAGAUGCUUUCCCUAAGAAAGGAUCAAGAACUAGAGGUAGUGAACCUAGAGAACCAAGAUGUGGUCUUCCCCUUAUACAUGGCAUGUAACUUCCUGUACAUCCCCCGGGAGAGGGGCACUGCCCAGAGUGAGGACUCUUGCAAAAGCCCAGAAAGCUGA